AUCACCUUUCCCCCCAUGGCGGUAACAGACAAUUUCAUAUUUUCUAACAAUUCUACCAACAAACCUUUCUAAAAGAAAAGAUAAUCAACCAUGGAUGGAGGAUCAGAAGCUUUUCCAGAUUUAGGGAGGCACUGCCAAAAUCUUGAUUGUCAUCAACUCGAUUUUCUCCCAUUCACAUGUAAUGCUUGUAAUAAGGUAUUUUGUUUAGAACACAGAUCAUACAAAUCCCACGCCUGUCCAAAAUCCGACGUCAACAGCAGAAAGGUGGUGGUGUGCGAAAUCUGCUCCGCCUCAAUUGAGACCACCGGCCACGACGGAGAAGAUGAGAAGAAUAUUUUGGAGAGGCACGGGAAGUCGGGAGAUUGUGAUCCUAAGAAGAAGAAGAAACCGGCUUGCCCUGUACGCCGGUGUAAGGAGGUUCUGACUUUUUCCAACACCGCGACGUGCAAAAUUUGUCAAAUUAAGGUUUGCUUGAAGCACAGGUUUCCGGCUGACCAUGCGUGUAAGCCAUCGUUGUUGGAUAAAAACAAGUUUUUGGUUGCUUUAGCUGCAAGGAACGGGAAAAAUUGUGGAAAGAAAGUUGUUGCUCCGACCACACCUGCUGUCGAAGCUUGUUGACGGAUUUCGCCCUACUUUUUAGCGCUCGACUCCAACUAGUCAAUUAUUGUCAUAUUUGGCACGAUAUACUCGAUAAAAUCAAGGAAAAAUACAGUGUAAUGAACAUUUCUAUUUCUUUAAGAAUGCAUAUUUAAAAAUGUUAUGAGAGAAUGAAAAUGUUACCCGGGUUUGUUUGCGAAAUUGAUUUGUGUAUCUUGAACCAACAAGCACAAAAUGUACAAGUCACAAAUAUGAACACGAUCAUUAUCAACUCGGGUAAGUCAAACAAUUAUUCCCUUA